CCAAAAACAAAAUUAAUGGAAAGGAUGCUUUAUUGAUAUUGACAAAAGAACCGAAACGACAUCGUUUCGUUUUGGCACCAAUAAAACGCAUUCUUAAGGCUCAAUGCAACGGCUAGUUUUUUUCUUAUGUGACCGUUUUAGAGCACCCUAAAGCUAAGAUUCAAAAUAUGAAAAGGUAACUCCUACACUGUCCAUGAAGCUCAUCACUAUAGAGGAAGAAAUCGAAAAAGAACUCAUUCUGAUUCAAACACAAAAUACCCAGAAAAGUUCAAGGAAGAAAAGAUCUGGGAUUUCAGAAAAAAUUCAAUCUUUUUCAGCUAAAAUUACCAACUCAAAAUCAGAAUCAAAGAGAUCAAAAAUGGUGUACUCUUACACACCCACAUAUUACUCUUCUCUCCACGACUCCAUCACCUCCUUAUGCAAGACCAUUCUCCCUUUCAACUUCAAGAAAAAGCGGCUGCAAGCGGCCGAGCAGAAGCUGUCGAAGUUGCAAUCUGAUAAUCUAAAAUGGCAGCAGGACUCUUUCCACCAAAUGCUCAACUUGAUGGGGCUUCAUAAAGAAGGGAUUCUGGCUGAAACUGAGGUUUCUGCUUUUCGAACCCAUUUGCUCGAUACCCUUAUAGCUUCUCCAGCUGAACAAGAGCAAACAGUAAUUUUAAGAGAUAAAUUGCUGUUUUUGCAAGAGCUCUUGUAUGCUAAAUGUAUAUCUUCAGAGGAGUACCACUCUUCAAAGAGGCCAUUAUUACAAAGAUUGGCAGUGCAAGGUGCUGAAAUUGAGGCCAAAGAUGUAAUUGUUGGGGCCACACCAAGAGAUCCCAAAGAGCAUAGUUCUGAAGAGGAAUGGUCAGUUAUUGACUUGAAAGAUGAAAACUGUUUGCUAAACAAAGAGAGUUCUAAUUCGAAGAGCAAAUCAAAGCAAAGCUCAGCAAAGAAGCAGAUGAAAGGAGCAGCCUCAGUUUUGGGUUUUGUUUCUUCUUACAAACCAGGGAAACACAAAGAAGAGAAGAGCAUAUUCGAUUUGGAGGAAUCAAAACUCUCUGCCUCUGCCUUCUCAAAUCAUGAAUUGGGAAAAUUUGGAGAAAACCCACUUUGGGAUAGCCAUUUGCAGAGUAAAGAAAAUGAAACGAGCACAAUUCUCAUGCCAGGAAGCCUCCCGCCAGAGCCGGUUAGGGAAACUGUUAGCACAGAAAAGGCAAAGAGAAAACCAUUUAAGUCUCUGUUUCAGAAAGAACAGAGAGAGGGGCAUGGCAGUGGAAGCAGUGGCGGCUGCAGCGGCGGUGAUCGUGGGCGUCCUAAUAACAUUGAAACACCCACAAAAUCUGCAAAAAAGCAUUGGGGUUUUGAUGGAUUCAAGAAAUGGAGUAAGAAUGAUUCAGAGGAUGAGACAGCUCCACUACCUCUUAAUGAAAGAUCUGACUCUGAGGUUUACUCAAACCAUCUAGUAGCCAGUCCCAUUGGAGAAGGGCCAGACACCAAGCUAAUUAAAAAGAAGCUACAUAAGGAUGGUUCACCAUCAGAUUUCUUCAUUGACAAGGUUUUAGGGGAUAAGAUAAAGAAAGAGCUCUCCAGAAUUCAAACUGAGCUUUCAACUACAAAUCCUAAUCUCCAAUUCUCGAAUGAUCAAAUUGAAGCAAUUUCUACCAAGCUUCCAGUAGACAAGGCUGAGCUCAAGAACUUUUUCCCCAAGUCAUGGUGUGACAGAUAUGGAGAUGUUGUUUUGGAUGUGGUGAAGAAAGAGUUCAAAGAUCAUGUUGGAGAGAUGGAGAACAUGAGAAGUGCAGCAAGAGAGAAACACAGCAACAACUCGAAACGAUGGACGACUUUCGAUGACAACGAUGAUGAGAACUGCCACCCCAAUCUCUUUGCUACUCAUCAGAACCAUAACCCAUUUUGGUCACCAAGGCAUGGUGGUUAAAAUUCAGUGUGACUUUUGUGUAUUGUUUUUAUAUAUUUUGGAUUGGAAGAGCAUGAUUUGUAAUUGGGUUCUUCAAUAUAUAUAACAGACACUUUUUGUGUUUGAUUUGUAAUUGAGCUGUUAUAUAAUAUGAAUCAGAAUAUUGCCCUUUUCUCCAAAA